AUGGUUUCAAAAUGCAUUAACAUUGAAUGUAACGAGUUUGGAAAAUGGUUGAGUGGCUGCGCCGAAGGUUACACGGGAUCCAAAUGUGACACAGAUGCAACGCUUCAUAUCAGGGUUGGACUUUUCGUUGGCAUUCUUUUAGUAGGAGUUAUCGUGUCCGUAAUAGCGACGUUGGUUGUUUUGCUGUUGAUAAGGAGAUUUAAAAGAAAGAAGGGAAAAGAAGCGUCAUCCAGUGGGAUAAAUACAAACACACCGAAAUCCGAUCAAAGAGGGCCGAAAUAUAAUUACGAGGAUUUAGACGACGCAACACGUGAGCAGCAACAGAACCAUGAAUAUGACAUGCCACAAACUUCGAUUGAAGAAGUUGAAAGGCGGUCUAGUAAAGAUGUACAAACUGUAGAUUACGAGAAUGCUCAUUGCUGAUUCCGUUGAUAUUUUGUGUGGAUAAUAUAGAACCAACGUAACCAAUUGUGUCCUUUUGAACAAAAACAGUGUUAUAAUUCUCAAAUAAUUACCGGUGUAAAGAGAAAAUCGAAUGGCAUCAACGCAAUAUGUAUUACAUAAUAGGUAUGAACGAGAGACCGUGAGUUGUUUCUUUAGUAGUUGCUGUAGAAACUGGAUAAAGAGUAACACAGAAAACCUCAAUCAAUUAAAGUACUAGCGAAUGUUUCAGUAUUACCUUAUGUAUUUGUUUAAAUGUGUAUUUUAAACAGUUCGAUGAAGGCUCUGAAAAAAAAAACAGAUAUAAAAACUGGUCGCAAUGAGACUGUGUAUGGUUGAAUUUCAUCAUACGGAUUUGUCUUUUACAUCAAAUAUGCUGUUAUAUCUUUCUAUGAUUGUUGUUGGUCCACGUCGUUACUUCUUUGUAAUAUAGUGAAUAA